GCAAGUUCGUUUUAAUGGAAUACGCGGGUAAAGUAAUUGAAACAGUCAAGCACAUAAGAGAAACAAGAUUAUCUAGACUCAGACCAGUGAAUGAGUUCUUUGAUCAUCACAGGCUUAGUCGCCCUUCAGAUAUGAAUGAAGCUACAUCUAGAAUUACAUACAACACUCGUCACUUUUCAGGUAACUAUGGUUGUGAAGCGGUUCUGAGUGUUUACGCACUACUCACUAACCCAUUCUUACUUAUUGCCAUCGGUGUUAUUGUUGGAGGUUUCACAGCUAUUCAACGGUUCGCCGCUGAUCCAUUACAAGUUGGAGAGCACGUUAUUACACAAAAAGGCUUGUACGGUGUACUCGUCGUCCUUGGUUUAGUACUCUUUUGGAUUGCAGCACCACUCUCAAUCUUAUUUUGGCUUGUUGGUAGUAGUACUAUUCUCAUCCUUGGUCACGCUGCACUUAUAGAACCUGGAGUUGAAUCAGAGUAUGCACCAGUUGAGGAGGUUUAAUUUGACUAAUAGAAAUAUUUUCAAAAUACAUGAUCAUUUUUAUCUUUUAUUACAACAACAAUAAGUUUAAUUGCUUUUGUCUUACUAUACUGGGUCAUUCUGAUAAAUCGCAUUGGGCUCAAUGAAACUUUGCUGAUCAAUAAAUUUAUCCUCGAUAUCUUGAUCAAUUUCAUAUUCAUCACUCUCAAACUUGAUGUCAUCGCUUUCAUCGGGUUCAUGAGGUAAAAUUGGUAACCACGUACCAAUAACAUAAGAUGGAAUAUCGAAUAUGCUGAAUUAUGGCUCAGUAAUAUACUUUAUUUAGAUCGUACUACUUACUCUUUCCUUAUCGUGAAUGAGAAGGUACAAGGUACUGGACUACCAUUUGCAUGCUUUAGAAUGCAAUGAGAGUUUACUGUUGGACUAGUUGAAUCAAAAGCGUGCUUUGAGAAUUGUUGCCAACUUUUAAUUUUAGUUUAGUUAGUAUGGAACGAAACAAAAGACAUUUAACUCAACUAUUCAACUGCGG